UAUCGAAAAGACAGCAAUUUGGCAUCUAUUCAAACAUAAUACUCCCAGUUUGCGAAGCAGUCAGUCACAAAAUUUUGGUUACUUUUUCGGGAUCCCAAAUUUUUAAAACCUCAAAUUCAAGUCUCAAAUUUCUAUACAAAAUUUCAUUUUCGACUAUAGAGUAGAUGAAGAAAGACGCAUACUCACACCAAAAUUAAUCGUGCUGCAGGAAAAAGUUAUUGAAAGUUUGAAAAGUGAACCAAGUAGACGUUAUUUGAGCAAAUAUGAAUACGACAUUCAAUGUGGCCCGAUCGCUGAAUCACUGCUGGUGGCUUUGUGGCCAAAGGACAAGUCAUUUGGUAAUGCGUUCCACCAGGGCCUUCAGCUACCGGGCUGUACCCUUUCUCAGCGAGCAACGGCGCCAGUAUGGCGAUCGCAUGACCAUCGACGAUGCCACCCAGGCCCACAUAAAUCGUUACGGAAAAGAGCUAAGCCGCAACCAGGCGCCGGAGGAUCCUUGGAGCGAGGAUAACGAGUACACGGACAACUUUAAAGAGAAUCUAGACGAAAUGGGCUACGAGGCCCAUUGCAACGAUCGCCUCUACAUCGCUAAGAACAAGAAGAGGGAGGCCCAACGAGUCUACGAAGAGGAGCGGGCGAGCCGACGGGAGGAGGCUCAGAAGCGGUUCCACGAUCACUUCGUCAACCAGGAGCCGGAGCUACGCAGGCGCAGCAUCCACCAGGAUCCCGCCGAGCACCAGAAACGCCAGCUGGAGAUUAUAGAGAACAACCGCCGUAAGUGGAUGAGCCGGGCGGAGGCCCAGCGGGAAAUCAACACCUCGGGCAUCACCUACCGCAUGGAUCCCAGAAAGCUGGAGGAGAUGGAGCAGGAGAGUAUGGAAGCGACACGAGGCCGUGUCGAGACACCGGUUCAGCCACCGGCGAGCAGUCCCGCCUGGCUGAAAAAAAAGGAGGAGGAUCAGAGAAGGAUGGAAGAGGAUCAGUAUUGGCAUAAGUGGGAGAGCUGCCCCUGUUCCCGGGAGCCGGAGACCGACGAACAGGUGAAGCCGCAUCUUCGCCGCAAGAAGGUGGCGGUACACCCGCCCGCCUACCCUCGCGACAACCUACGCCGCGGAUUCCAUUCGCUGCCCGCCUUUCGGCUCAAGCCCCGAACCAUUCUUAUGCUACGGAAACGCCGGCCCUCAUCUCUGGAGAAACAGUUCCACAAGUUCGCGCGCAAAUACCGCGACGCAUGGCUACCGGAAUUCCCUGAGCUACAGGCCCAGAACCCAAUGCCAAUGCCCCAUGCCCCAAUGGUGCCCAAAAAGAAGAAAGAGGACGAGGAGAAGAAGCCCAAGCGCAAGGGCGAGCGACGCACAGUCCAGCCACCAGUCUUCCGAAUGACUGUCAAGACUCGCCAGCCAGCGGCCCGUCCUGCAGCACCUGUGUGCAGCUACUCAGGAAGGAUGCGCCGGGAGGCCAGCACCAUGGGGCCAAGUGAAUAUUCAGGAAGACUCCGUCACUCGGUCAGUGAGGCUGGCGGCAAUUUCGUCCGCAGCCAAGCUCAUUAACCGAGAGCGGACAUAGACGGCAAAAAAUUUUUGUUUUCAAAACUUAAUCAGAAUACAGAUGACUGGGCUCCGCAAGGGGCGUUAGUAUUAUCGUAUCUGUCAA